AAGGCAUUCACAAACUGCAUCUCCCAUCAGGCCUUUAAACGACCCUCUUCAUAAUUGCCCCAUCAUUAAUUCUCCAGGAAAGUAGAGGCACCAAUAAAUUCUAUUCAGCGGUGGUCGAUAUGUCCUGCAGAAAACACUAAGAGGGAGGGCGAGAUAAAUGAGGGGUGUUCUGGAAAACAUCUGUGAUAUUCCACUACAGCGCACUAGGCUAAUUCUGUCACUGAAUGCAUGAGCACCAAUAUUUAUUGCUCUGAUGAAUAAACAUCAACGUAUAGCUUCUCUGAAGCUAAUUGAAUACCUUAAAUGGAUAGCAGUAGUGACAAAAAAAAAUCACUGUCACUUCAAUGUCAUUUCUAUUCGCACUGUUUUGUUUUCUCUGUCCAUUUUGGGAAGGGGAAACAAAGGCAGCGCUGGCAGUAGUAACAGGCUAAUAUUGGCUACAGAGGGCAGCUGACCGACUGCCUCCUGUAUAUUUAGCUCAGGGCCAAUACGCGAGGAGAGGUGUAGCAGACAUUGGCUGGCAUUCGCUUCUAAAGGCGUGGAUCUAGUGUGUGUGUGUUUGUGAAAGAGAGAGAGAGAGGAGGGCUGGACUGCUUCAUAUCAGUCUUGGGUGCUAUUGGAGGUAGAGUGCAAGCCGGCAGCAUGAUUCUCUUCACAUUUGGACUAUGUUUUCAACUCCUCUGCUAUGUGGUGUCAUUCUCAUACGUGGAUGACUUAUUCCCUUUUCCAACAGAUCACCAGUUGCUGGAAACCAGGAAGAAAUUCAACCCCUGCUGUUUACUGAGUCCACCUCCACCCCCUCUCUUCCCCCCACCCCCUUCAUUGUGGAGGCAGGGGUCUCUGAUUGCAUUGAAAGCACCUCAACCUGCUCCAUCUAUGGCAAAGACUGAGACUAGUGUUUCAGCAAAUGAAGGAUUUACAGAAGAGAAGCACAAUCCCACAACCCAAACAUGUAUAUCGGGGCCUCCAGGGCCCCCAGGACCAGCAGGACCUCCUGGCCCACAGGGUCCUGCUGGACUGCCAGGACCAAAGGGACCAAAGGGAGAUAAGGGUGAAAUUGGAAGACCUGGACAAAAGGGACGCACUGGUCCUCCUGGUCUCCCGGGACGUCAGGGACCAAGCGGAUGGCAAGGACCAACUGGGCCUAAAGGGGAGAAAGGCGACCCGGGAUUGAUGGGUUUGCCAGGGGCAAGAGGACCAAUGGGACCCAAGGGCUUACAUGGAUUUAAAGGGGAAAAAGGCUCACAAGGUUUCAGAGGUGAAAUUGGCUUAAAAGGUGACAGAGGAUCAAUGGGUCUACCUGGAAUGCUUGGACAGAAGGGUGAAAUGGGCCCUAAAGGAGAACCUGGAAGCUCAGGGAACAGGGGACCCACUGGCCGCCCUGGAAAAAGGGGAAAGCAGGUGGGGUCAAAAGGUGACACUGGUGCAAUUGGACCCAUGGGACCUGGAGGACCUCCUGGGGCUCCUGGCCAUCCUGGCCCGCCUGGUGUGCCUGCCUCAGGACUGUAUAUGGUCGGACAAAAAGGAGACAAAGGACAACAAGGCAGUCCGGGUCGCUGUAGCUGUAAUGUCCCAGCCAACCCCUCUUUGGACCACUUGCACUGGAGCAUCUAUCCCAGAGUGCCUGCAAUAUUUGUGGUGAAUAACGAACAGGAGCUGAACCGUGUCCAGACUGAAAACGCUUUGGCCUUUCGAAAAGAUCAGAGGUCACUUUACUUCAAAGACACUGGUGGCUGGAUGCCAAUUCAGUUAACACCGUUCCAGUCGAUGGAGAGCGAUCCUGAUCCGGAGGGAUUCUGCGGAGACAGCAUCGUGCAAGUUGAAAACGGAGAGGAGUGUGAUGACGGAAAUAAGGUGGUCACAGAUGGCUGUGUCAAAUGCAAACUUGCGUAUUGUGGGGAUGGAUAUCGCUAUGAAGAGGCUGAAGAGUGUGACGGAAAGGACUUUGGCUUUCACACAUGCAGAUCCUUUUUGCCUGGAUCUUAUGGAGAACUCAAGUGCACCGCUGACUGUUUCAUAGACUCAACAAACUGCAAGUAUUUCACAUGAGGACACAAGAAAGCGACGUCUCGUUUCAGCUGGCGAGAUCCAUGUAAGCGACAACACUGAAAACCAUAGAUUCAGCAGAAAAAAACAGAGGCGAAAACAUUGAGAGGAAUCAUCACACACACAUACACAUUAGCUAAGAAGCCAUGUACUGUAGCUUAUUCGGGAAAGGAGCCACGGAUCCGCGUGGGCUCCUAGAAACUCUUCCAGGAUGCAUUUCUCCAUUCAUUCAGCCUCUGUUGUCUGCCGCUCUGCACCGGCGGGACAAUUUUGGCCAAUGUGGUUGUAAACGGGAGAGGCGAGUGUCUCGUGGAGAUGGUUGAAGGACUCCUCAUUACCUCAAAGUACUGUGUACUGUUUCAGAGGGAAGACAUUUUCUCCUGGUCCACCUUGGUGCUCUGUUUGUGGAAUGCAAUGUGUUACUAUAGUAUUUAGCAUGGGGCUGAGAUUACUGUAGACGGCAGCAGAGAUCAUUACUGAAAAAAUAAAACAAAAGCAGCUUUACAUCUUUAAGCAUAAUAUAAGACUUUAGACUUAGACCAAACUGGUGCUUGGCCUCGGAUGAUACCUAAACAUGUAUCUUCUCUUAAAUAUCAAAGUUGUAUGUUAGGGUUAGUACAGUUUGGGAAAACUGGGUCCAAAAUUAGCUUAUUGUCAUACUGCUCCAUUAGUUGUAAAUUGAGGAAUAAAUGGUUGAAAGAAUAAAGAGGGGGGAAAAGCGGUUGGCUGUUGGCGAGUAGGGCUGCACGAUAUUGGAAAAAUCUAACAUUGCGAUAUUUUUUAUUCUGCGAUAUAUAUUGCGAUAUGAAUCGAAUUUUACUAAAUGAGUUGAAUAACUAUUUAGAAAAAAUGUAUCAUUUUCGAUUGGGAUGAUUCUGUAAGGGAGUACAUGUGCAUAAAAUAAAAGAAACAAUCUACAAGCGUAGGUAAAUUUAAUAAAGAAAAAGAUGCCAAUUAAAUAAACAGCGUUUGAUUGUUAUGCAAUGAGUCGAACUGUAUUCUGGUGUACAAUAAUUGAAUAAUCAAAUGUAAAAGGAUCCCGCAUAGUCUUCGUUUUAUAAAUAAUUCAGUUGUUAAUAAGUUGUUACAAACGGUACAAUUUCUUAGGUCUGAACGCUUUUAAAAUGCUCGCGAUGUGACCUGCGAAUGAUUGCAUUGCGAUAUCGAUGCUGGAACAAUAUAUUGUGCAGCCCUAAUUGCGAGCAGUGAAUCAAACUGUUUCAAGUAAUCGUGAAACAAAAAGUUAAGAAAUACUAGCAGUACUUUUCUUUUUGAAUGUAUUUAAAAAUUGUAUUUAUUCCUGUUGGUGAAGCUGAAUGUUCAACAUCACAACAGCCUUCAGUGGUACGUGAUCUUCCUGAAAUCAUUCUAAUGUGAUAAUUUGUCACAAUAUACUCUUUCAGGAGAUUUGUGUAAUAUAUAGUUCAAAAUAAAAGCCGUUUUUUAUAUAUACAGUUAGGUCCAUAAAUAUUUGGACAUUGAUACAAUUUUAAGAUUUUUGGCUUUGUACACUAACACAAUGGAUUUGAAAUGAAACGAACAAGAUGUGCUUUAACUGAAGACUGUCAGCUUUAAAUUGAGGGCAUUUACAUCCAAAUCAGAUGAACGCUGUAGGAAUUACAACAGUUUGCAUAUGUGGCUUUUUAAGGGUCCAAAAGUAAUUGCACAGAAUAAUAAUCAUAAAUCAAACUUUCACUUUUUAAUAUUUGGUUGCAAAUCCUUUGCAGUCAAUUACAGCCUGAAGACUGGAACGCAUAGACAUCACCAUAUGCAGGGUUUCAUUUCUGGUGGUGUUCUAACCAGGCCUCUACAGCAACUGUCUUCAAUUGUCUUUCCCUUCAAAAACUCUGUGGUUGCUUUUACAGUAUGUGUUUGGGUCAUUCUCCAUCUGUACUGUGAAGCACCGUCCAAUGAGUUCUGAAGCAUUUGGCUUAAUAUGAGCAGAAAAUACUGCCUGAAACACUUCAGAAUUCAUCCUUCUGCUUUUAUCAGCAGUCACAUCAUCAAUAAAUACAAGAGAACCAGUUCCAUUGACAGCCAUACCACCAAUGGUUAACAUCUUGUGGUGAACCCUCUGUAGUCUGAUGUAGUCACUCACUCUGGUGUAGUCUUCUCUUGAUUGUUGACUUUGACACACAUACACCUACCUCCUGGAGAGUGCUAUUGAUCUGGCCAACUGUUGUGAAGGGUGUUUUCUUCACCACACUGAAAAAAAUUAUUCAAAGAUGAUUCCUUGAAUUUACUCAUUUUUUUACGUUAAGUGGUUGUAAAUAAUUUAUUUGGGCUGAAUUUAAACAAAUUAAGUUGCAGGGUAAAGAAUUCUUUGGUCAUCCACCACAGUUGUUUCAUUGGUCCUCCGGGUCUUUUGGUGUCGCUAAGCUCACUGGUGCGUUCUUUCUUUUUAAGAAUGUUCCAAACAGUUGUUUUCGCCGUGCCUAAGGUUUUUGCUAUCUCUUUGAUGGUUUGUUCUGUUGUUUUUUUUCAGCCUAAUGAUGGCUUGCUUGACUGAUAGUCUUGAGAGUUGACAGUAACAGAUUCCAAAUGCAAAUAGCACACUUGAAAUGAACUUUGGACCUUUUAUCUGCUCAUUGUAAUUGGGAUAAUGGAAAUACCACACACCUGGCCUGAAAUAACACACACCUGGCCAUGGAACAGCUGAGAAGCCAGUUGUACAAUUACUUUUGGAUCCUUAACAAGUGGGAGGCACAAUUGCAAACUGUGUUAAUUCCGCAUUCACCUGAUUAAGAUGUGAAUACCCUCAAAUUAAAGCUUAAUUUCAAAUUGAUUGUGUUGGUGAAUAGAGCCAAAAAUGUUAGAAUUGUGCCGAUGUCCAAACAUUUAUGGACCUAACUGUAUAUAAUCAUGUAUAAUAUUUAAACUGUCACUUUUAUUAUUUAUUUAUUUUUUUGUUUAUUUAUUUAUUUAUUGUCAAUUAAAUCCUUGAUUAAUUCAUAAUGUAUAUAUUACUUUUAGAAUACUUCCGAAUGAUAACGUAUCACCUGUUAUCCAUAAAAAUAUGAAGCAGCGCAACUGUUUUCAAACCUGACAACGAUUCAGAAAUGUUUCUUAAUUAAAAAAGCACAUUAGAAUGAUUUCUGAAGGAUCACAUGAAUUAGUUAUAUUUGGAAACAAAUAUGCAUAAAAAAGUACCAAAACAGUUGCUUUAAAUGCAUCAAAUAUUUUACAUCUGUUUUAAUGUGAUUUAAUCAAAUAAAUGCAGCCUCAGUGUAAGCAGAAGAAGAAAAAGAUAAAUUUGCUUAAUAAUGAUGCUUUAGAGUAAUACGUUGGCGACUUAAUUGUUGCAUUCAAUAAACAUCAUUACAAAAUUGGGUAACUCUUAACAAGAACAGUACAUGAAUAAUGAUGUGUUAAUAUGUAAGCUACACAUUAAAUCAUGCGCUAAUCAUGAACUAACUUUAACUACAACACAUGAGUUCAUCUGUGAAUAAUGGCUACCUUAAUUACUUGUUAGUACAAGAUUGUUUGUUUAUGUAUUAAAUACGACAUUAGUUAAUGCUUAAUUUAAGCAUCAUGAACUCAUGAUAUGUUAAUAUAUAAUUAUAUCAUGACUUUACUUGAAGGGGCACAUCAUCAUUAACCCAUACUUAACUACUCAUGAAGUCCUUAUGCACGUCCGUCUAGUGCGAUUACAUUGAAUACCAAUAAAAAAGGGGGUGACACUUUAGUUUAGGUUACAAUUCACAGUAUUAACAAACCAUUAACUAACAUUCCUAGCUUAAUAAACGACUAAUUAGCUGUUUAUUAAUGGUUAGUAAGGUAGAAGUUGGGUUAAGGUUUUCAGUAAGAUUAAGUAUUCAGAAUAAGAUCAUACUUUAUAACUACUAAUGAACAGUUAAUAACUUAAUAAUAAGCAGGUAGUAACCAAGUAGUUAAUAGCAUGAAUUGUGACCUAAACUAACGUGUUACCGAAAAGGGUUGUCAACAUCAUAGACAGUUGAAACACAGAAGUUCAUGAGUAAUUAAGGAUGAAUUAAUGAUGACGUGCCCCUCCAAGUAAAGUCAUGACAUAAUUAUACAUUAACAGCUCAUGUUGGUUACAUUUAGCUUAAACUUAAAUAUAUUGAUUAACAGCAUGUACUAACAAGAACUCAUGUGACUCAUGUUGUAGUUAGUUCAUGAUUAGAGCGCCUUAGUUCAUCAUUAAUUCCUAAUAAAGUAAUGUUUAGUUUAGAUAUUAACACAUCGUUAUUCAUGUACUGUUGUUGUUAAGUGUUACCCAAUAUUCUGAUGCGACAAAAUAACAUGCAUUAUGAAAACAUAUCAACUAGAUUUCCUAAAUAAACCACUACCUCUCAUAAUCCAAUCAUACACUCAAUUUUCUGGUUUUACACAACGCAGCAGUGACCCAAAUGGCCAGUAAAUCCAUGUAAUUCUUCAUCGUAAUCACUUUUUACUCCUGUUUGACGCAUGGCGGGUGUUAUUUUUUGAACAGAGCUACUUAAAGGCUGCAUAGAUAUACUUAAACAGUAACCACAAUAAUAUUACAAAUACUACUGUCUAACAGCAUUAGUUAAGGAUGUUAAAAUGUUUUGUUUUGCAGGGGUCACACUUAGUCUAACAUUUCCAUCAUAUCUCAGGAAAUCACUUAUCCAGAACCCCUCCAUCUCCACGUGUGGAGUCGGGUGCACAUACAGUAUUCCUCUUGUAGUCUUGAUAUAAAGCGCAUACGGUUCGUUUAUUCAGGUUUUGGGUCUACAGAUCUUAAAGCAGGGAGGAGAAACCAACCUUGUGUGAAAAGGUUUAACAAGCUGACGAUUUUGUGUGAAAUCGCAUGUUCAUUUUAAUGUAGACUUGAUGCUAGCUAAACCUAGCCAUCGUUUUAUGAGUGUAAGCAGUACGAAAAUGUACCAGCGAGAUCAUACGACUUGCAUAAAUGAGAUUUUGUUGGAAAAACAAUACUUUAUGUGAAGACUCUAUCGCUGUUAUUGAACAUUUAGUACUGUCUGCUAUUGCAGGGGUAGCAUUUUGCUGCUAUUCAGGCUAAAAGACUGUUGGAUAAAGGCUGGACUGUUACUCUCGUCCAAAAAAAAGUUUGAUUUAUACCCAGUGCCAAAGUCCAGUCUGAAUAUACCUCAGAAUUUAUUAUGGUGUGCUUUUUAAGCCUUACAGGACCUGAGGUGUAGCAUACUGCACUUACCUACUGUUAAACACAGUGAAAUCUUGCUUAAGUAUCUUUGAGUUCCUUUACUUUUUUAUCAACUAACUAUAAGCCAGUUUUCCAUAAGCUAUACGACGCAUUUGCUACAGAAACCUCUUUGCUUACAUUACUGGGGUGAUAUUCCUGACUUACCUGUAAAUAUUGUAUCGAAAUGAUAUGGAAAUAAGUGUCUUGAAGUUAUUAUCCUGGUGCAUCUGCAUGUUUCAAUUAUAUACUCUUGUUAAAAAGAGCAAGUUUGCCACCUUUCGCUAUAUUUAUGGUCGGUUUCGGAGUUAAAAGUGCAUUUAGCUUGUAAAUGACUGUUAUCCUCAUGUUUGUACGAAAAGAGGAAAGAUGUUAACAUCGAAUAUUGCACAACAAACAAAUACAAAAAGAGACUGAAUGUUUUGUCCCAGUGUCAUUUCCUGUUAGUGUUCAGAUAUGUUUGAUACUGUCCUGUAAUGAUGUUAAAAUAAAAGCUUGAAAAGCUGA